AAAUUCGAAAAAGAAUUUCUGCGUGCUCAAUUGCGUUUCGAAGAUAUGGCUCGCGGGGUGCGGGAGUUGGGUGGGGUACAGGGUACGGCCGGUAAGCCAAUCGUCCGCCGCCUGCACCCCGCUUCUUGCCAUAGCGCAAGCAGUCAGUCUGUAUAAUAGUGCGCAAGGAUAUAAACGUAAAUUGAUUCGCGAGUCUAAACCGUGACGUAUUGGCCUGUGUUUUGGUGUUUAAACAUUAUUAUUGUAAAAUAAGUAUUUAUUGUAAAAUGGCGUCAAGUUCUUUUUCGUCUUUAUCUACUAAUUUAGAAUUUGAAACCGUGUACCAUGAACAACUUGAGACAUUACCAUGCAUUCUUGAUGGAAAAUUUUUUACGUAUUCAGAAAUUUGUACAUUAUGUCGGCCAAAACUAGUUAAAAUUAGUGGUUUUAAUAAUUCUACAUCAAAUUUUGUAACUCAUCUCAAACGAAGACACGGGGAAGAAACACACAACGAGUAUCAGAGUUACUUGAAAACUAUGAAAAAAAAUAAACGGUCUACUAGAACAUCCAAACAACUGCAACCAGAUAUUAGAGAUGGUAGUACUAGUGAUGUACCGUGUUCGAUCAGUAGGUAUACUGAUCGAACGAUUUCACAGGACCAAUUUAAUGAAAAUAUAUUUAAGUUUUUUAUUCAUUCUAUGAUUCCUUUACAAACAAUAGACGAUCACUUUUUUAAAAAAAUCUUUGCUGAUUUAAAUAUCUCUGCAAAUGGAUUGUACGUUCCCAGUAGAAGAACUUUGGGUCGAUUGAUUGAUGAUUGCUUUGAUAAGGAAAUUACAAAAAUCAAGAGUGAAUUGCGCGAUGUAGAUGAAGUCUGCACAACUGCCGAUAUCUGGUCGGCAAAAACAAGAAGUUUUUUGGGCGUUACCGCACACUGGCUCGACACAAAUCUGAAACGGAAGUCGGAAACACUGGCUUGUCGAAGAUUUUCAGGUACGCACAGCUACGACCGUAUAGCUCUUUUACUUGAAGCAGUACAUGCUGAAUUUGGUCUCGACUCCCGGAAAGUGCUGGCUACAGUUACUGAUAACGGUAGUAAUUUUGUAAAAGCAUUUAAAGAGUUUGGCAUAGACGUGGAAAAUUGUGAAAAUUUUACUCAUAACAUUGAUGACAAUUCAGAACCUGCUGAAAGUUCUAUCCUCGAAGAAGAUUCUCACAUCGAGGUCAUUUCUGUGGCGCAUUUUAGUACUUAUAAUGAAGUUGAUCCGCUAGCUUUUGACGAAAAUAUUAUUCCACAGUCAAUAAUACUAGAAUUGCCUGUACAUUUAAGGUGUUGUGCACACAAGCUAAACUUAUGUGCCACUACGGACGCCAAUAAAGUAUUACGAAAUAACGACACAAGUAUUUGCAAUAUUCAUAAUCAAGUUAUUAAAAAAUGCAACAACUUGUGGAACUCCGCCGGCCGGCCUAAAUCGGCUGAAAUAAUACUUGACAUUGUUGGUCAUACCCUUUCCAAACCGGGAAUCACUAGAUGGAACAGCCUUUAUGAUUCACUGAAACAAAUUGCAUCAAUACAGGAGAAGAGUGUACAGCUGCACGUGGCAUUAGGAAUGACAAACGUUUUACGUGAUGAUGAUUUCCAUUACAUAAAGGAAUACUUGCGUUGUUCAAAACCAAUAGCAGAGGCCCUGGAUAUAUUACAAGGCGAACAAGACAUGUAUUACGGUAUAUUAUUGCCAUGUUUAGUAUCUUUGCGCAAAAAGUUGCAAAAACUGAAUAGAGAAUCUCUUACUUUUUGUCAAAUGUUGGUAAAGAAAUAUUUGGAGAGCGUAGAAACGCGAUUUGCAGAGUUUUUUGAUUUCUCCUCAAAAGUAGCUCAAAAUGCAGCAGUUGCUGCAAUGUCUUAUCCCAGAUUCAAGGACAAAUGGCUUGGUUGUGUUAAUAUAGAAUACCAUUCCAGAAUCAAAUCUAUUUUUAAAGGAGCUGUAAUCAAGGAAAUCCAUGAGGCACCUGAAACUCUUCAAGUCACACCUAAUAAUAUAUAUGAAGACAGCUAUUUUGAGUUUGACACUGAUUCUUCAGAGCCUGAUUCGGGAGAUAUGUACCAAAUACAACGCUCAAAGGCAGAUGCCAUUAUUUCUCAUUUUUUAGCGGACCAGGAUCGGGAUGUAUCGAUGCUAAAUCGCUACCCUGAAAUUAAACGUGUUUUUAAAAAAUAUAACACACCUCUUCCGUCAUCGGGUCCGGUCGAAAGACUUUUCUCAUAUGCGACCAUGACCAAUUUACCUAAAUCACACAGACUUUCGGAUGAGAUGUUAGAAAAAAGGGUGCUUUUAAAAUCUAAUUUAAGCCACACAUGGCACACAUAAAAAUAUUUCUUGAUUGUUU